GGCGAGCCGGCCCCCUAGUAGGAAAUGAGGUAGAUAGAAGUAACGCUUUAAAAGCUUGACUCCCUCUUCCUCCAUGCAUUCCCUGGUCUCUUUCGACCGGUGGCUCAGCUCCUGCCCCUCCCGGACAGCCUCCCUUCUCUUUCCUAAUCUGCAGCCAUUAGAGCCCCAGCCCGCCCCGGCCCAGGUGGGACCCAGAACUUCUGCUCCAGGAUGUUGACGAAGUUGCUGUCGCUGCUACUGCUGCUGCUGCCUGGCUGCGCCUUUUGUGACCAGGAAGAUGGCUCCCAAAGCCUGCAUAUGCUCCAGGUCUCCUACUUCCAAGACCCCUAUCAGGUGAGACAUCGCGGCAACGCCUCGCUGGGGAAACUCCUGACGCACACACUGGAAGGCCGGGACGACAACGUCACCAUCCUCCAGCUGCAACCCUGGCAGGAUCCCGAGAGCUGGGAGCGCACAGAGAGUGGCCUGAAGCUCUACCUGUCCCAGUUCAGCAGCCUGGUGCAGCUGAUCUAUCGCGAGCGAAAGAACAGCGUAGUCUUUCCUCUCACAGUCACUUGCUCCCUGGGCUGUGAGCUGCCGGAUGAGAACUCUGAAACCCGUGUCUACUUCGACGUGGCCGUGAACGGGAGCUCCUUUGUAAGUUUCCAGCCAAAGACUGCCCUGUGGGUGACCAGCUCCCAGAAGCCCUCCGAAGCAAUCAGCUUCACCCUGAAGCAGCUUAAUGCCUACAAUCGGACUCGAUAUGAACUGCAGGAAUUUCUUCAGGGCACCUGUGUACAGUACUUGGAGAACCAUAUCACCACACAAAACACGAAAGGGAGCCAAACACACCGCUCUUACACUUCGCUUGUCCUGGGCAUCCUGGUGGGCAGUUUCAUAAUUGCUGGUGUGGCCGUGGGCAUCUUCCUGUGCACAGGUGGACGGCGCUGCUAAUUACCCUCCAGUCCCCUUGGAGAAAGGGCUGGACUGAUCGGGGCUGGUAAGGGGAGGUCACAGCUCAUAUGAAGCCAGACAGACUCCCCCAGCAGGCAACCGUAUGUCAGGAGAUUUAGAGCAACAUUCCCCUUUGCUCCUGCAUCUGCCAACCGGGAGUCUGAGGAAGGGAUGUGAGGAGGGUAUGUAGACAAAGUAACUGGUUUGUGAGGGACUUGAGGACGUGCAUGCUUUGUUUAACUGGUCUGAGAGGUGGUACUUGCUUAUCUGUGGAAAACAGAUGGUAGAUAGACUUGGGGUAUCUGUGACCUCCCUGGAAAGGCAGAUUCACUGGAGGCAUCCCAAACAUCUAACUAAAUAAAGUGAGUUGUCUGUAACCAAAAUAAACAACAUUUAAUG